GCUGGGGCUGCAGCCGGAGCCUGAGACAGUCAUGGAAGGACAAGACCAAGACCUGCUAUAACUGAGAAGCCCCCAAGGCAAAAGGACGCUGGGAAACACAAGCAGACACCUAAAAAUCUCAAAGACAGAAUAUGACUCACACAGAGAGGAAGAGGCGGUCUACCCGCAACUCCAGGAUGGUCACUCCACCCACGAUAAGAAGGAUGCAAGAAAUAAUGCAGAAUGAGAUGGUGCGAGAGUUCCUAGCCGAGUUCACGAGCACGUUUGUCAUGAUGGUGUUUGGUCUUGGUGCCGUGGCCCACAUGGUUCUAGGAGAUAAAAUGGGGAGCUACCUCGGUGUCAACUUGGGUUUUGGCUUCGGAGUCACCAUGGGAAUGCAUUUGGCAGGGAACAUCUCUGGGGCUCACAUGAAUGCAGCCUUGACCUUCACCAGCUGCGCACUAGGCCGCAUGGCCUGGAAGAAGUUUCCCGUGUACGUUCUGGGUCAGUUCCUGGGUUCCUUCCUGGCUGCUGCCACCAUCUACCUCCUCUUCUACACCUCCAUCAUCCAAUACUCGGAGGGAAAGCUGGCAGUGACCGGACCUACAGCCACUGCUAACAUUUUUGCUACCUACCUUCCUGACCACAUGUCGUUGUGGAGGGGCUUCCUGGAUGAGGUGAUAGUGACGGGGAUGCUUCAGCUAUGUCUCUCAGCCAUCACGGACAAGGGGAACAACCCACCACUGCAAGGGACACAGGCCAUAGUGACAGGCAUCCUUGUUGUCAUCAUUGGAGUGUCCAUGGGCAUGAACUCAGGAUAUGCCAUCAACCCAUCCCGGGACCUGCCUCCCCGCUUCUUCACCUACGUUGCUGGCUGGGGCAUACAGGUCUUCAGGGCCAAGGACUGGUGGUGGGUGCCAGUGGUGGCACCACCCCUGGGUGCCUACUUAGGUGCCAUCAUCUACGCAGUCUUCAUUGGCUCCAGCACCCCACGGGAGCCCCAGAUACUGGAGAACACCGCGUCAUAUGAAGACCGCAGAACACCUGUGUUGCCCGCGACCAUGCCUCAAUUACCUGUGACCUCUUCCCUCACCCCCAUCUCUGUAUCGCCUGACAACAGACCUUCAGUCCAGGCUGCCCCACCCUUAAGAGACUCCAUCCACCUAGAGCACCUCUAAGUAAGAUUAUCUGUGAUCCCGUCCCCAUCCUAAUCCCAAUAAAGAAAGCCUUGUCCCACAGUGGCACCCCCGCUUUCUGGGUGCCUCCUGUGGUUGGGCUUCCCUCCCGAAUUCCUCCAGGAGCACCAGGGUUACGCGGCAGCCCAAGGCUGGAGCAUAGAGCUGAGAGGCCUCCGGCUCCUUCCAGCCCUGGGAGCUGAAGCGCCCCCAGUGGGGGAAAGCCCAAGGUCUGACCUGCGGUCUCCGCAGGAAUAGGAGAUCAUAGGAUGCUGGACACUGAACGGUGGACUUUCAGGCACAGGGGAGCGAGGGGAUGAUCUGAGGGAAAGGACACCAGCUCGCUGGUGGGGGUCAGCUCUGGGGAUACCUUGAGCCGCCCUGAGAUAGGACUCCAGACCCUCCCUCAGUUCUGACCAGUCCUUGGACCAGGAAAGGCAAAGCUCAAGUGUGUAGAUCAGAGUUUCUCAACCUUUUUUUCAUUACUGCUCCCUUACGGAGCCUUUUAUAUAGUUUUUCUUAAUCACAUGGUAUUUUAAUACCACAGAUAUACUGUAUAUCUGUGUAUGUACUGUACAUAUAUUUUUGCUUUAUACAAAAAAAGUAAGGUUUUUAAAAUCUCUCCCUUCCAAAAAUCCAUUUAUCUCCCUUGGAGGCAAAAUCACCCCCACGCUGGAAAAUGCCUGAUGUAGACUGAAAGGAGGUAAGAGGUUGGCCUCCUCUUCCUUCUUCCUGGGGCCAGAGCUCUCCCACAGUAAGGAAUUCCGAGUUAGAAAAUCCUUCCAAAAACUGUAGGGACAGGAAAUGGCCCCAUGGGGCUCAGAGGGACAGAUGCAGAGGAUGGGUGGAGAUGGGGCAGCCAGAGUCCACCAACUCCAGGGCCAGGUGGGAAUCAUCCUGCUUUCUGGGACUCAGAAGGCAGCAUCACCCAUGGUUCCUGUCACUGCUUGUGUAUUUAGCCUUUCAACAAUCAUUGAGCACAUCCUGUGUGCAGGCCCUGCCAAGACAUUGGAGAUGCCAUAGUGGACAAGGCCAGGUCUCUGCUUUUGAGGAACGCAGCUUGAUGGGGACAGGUGAUCACGAGGAAGGAGCUAAGUGGUGGAGAGGGGGCUGCCUGUGGGGCUCAUGGGGUAUUCACAGCCCAGCCUUGGGGCUGAGGCUAUGGAUGGCUUCCUGGAGGAGGAGACAAAGCAGAAUGGGGAGUGGGGGGUUUCCUUUUUGCUGGUUCUGCAACUUACAGUUUGAGGAGACAGAGGGCAGAGGAGGCGGGGACAUGGUGAGAUGAGAUUUAGAAAUGCGCACCUGAGCUGCAGUGUUCAGGAUGCCGGAAAAGAGGGAAGACUGGGGCCUGCACGGGAGUGUGAUGGGAGGCUUCUCUAGGAGAAGCAGCAGGCUAGCUAACAGGUCAGUGCCGGUGGGCAGAGAGGAGAGAAGGGAUUCGCCUAUUAACAAGGAGGUAAAACUCGCAGGACCUGGGUUCGGACUGGAUGAAGGAGUAGGUGGGGGCGCGGCAGGGGUCAAGGCUGACUUCCAGUUUCUGGCUUGGCCCUCAGGUGCUGGACAUGUUACCAGUGAGUGUGGAGUGUGGGAGAUAAACUGUUUUGAAGAGGAAAAUGAUAAGUUAUACUGUGGACAUGUUGAGUUUGAGUUGCCUAUGGGAUUUGAGUAAGAGGUGUGUAGUCUUGGGCAAGUAACUCAAUUUCUCUGGGCCUCGGUUUUCUCAUUUGUAAAAUGGGUCUAAUAAUAUUAUCUACCAUUUAUGUUGCUGUUAAUAUUCAGUGAAAUAAAACAUGUACAAUGCUA